AUGGAUAUGCCAAGUUUCCAGGACAGCCCGACAGCACACCGGGAAUCUCUGUUAACUGGAGAGCAGCUGGUUGGUGAGGAGUGCAAAGAGGCUCUCUCAAUAAUCAGACACUCAACAGAUCAAUCCGUGGUUAAAGAGAAGAUGAGAGCAACCUUCGAGUACAGACAGAAGAUGGUCCAUGACAAGGAUGCAACAUCUUCAGUGCUGGAUGUCUUCCCUCGCUUCCUUGUACCUGGAUUGAUUGACCAGGACUUCUUGAUGAUGUUUGGGGACGAAGUAUCCGGACGGUUCCUUGCCAAGUGGCCUUCAUAUUUCAAGCACAAAGUCAUCGAAGAAUGCCAGGGACUUCCUGUAAAUCCUUACGUCGUUGAGCUCCAGGCAGCUUUUGAUCCAGAGGCAGAGAAUGUGUAUGGCUGGGAUAGUGAUAUCUCGGCUAUCCUGCUGUUGUUGCAUCUCCUGCCCCCUACAUCAAGAGGCCGCAAAAAAACAGCAAAGAUCAGCUCAGCACAGGCUGCCAACCAUCUUGUGAGAUUUGUUAAAGAAGGAGCCAGCCUCACUACAUUUCUGGACAAAGUUGAUGCAAUACAGCCCUUUCUUCUCUGCAUUGGUGAGCAAAAGAAGAAAAUCCAAAGAUUCUUCAUUGUUGUGGACAAGAAAGUAAUUCCAUGCGAUGCUCAGACAUCAGUUGCAGCUUUUGAUGUGUUAUUCAAAGCUCACUAUGUUUUCAGCCUCUCUUAUGAUAAAGCUCUUUCCAGUUUCUACACUUUCAUUCAAACCACGGUUUAUCACAUUGAUGUUGGAAAGGCAAAAGAGAGCCCAAGAGUCAAGGAAUUAAGGGCGCGACUACUGCGAGACGGUUGAAAUGCCCCAGAUUACAAUGGUCAGAAACAGUUAAACUGUCCAAGCAUGUUCAAAAUAUCUUAUUUUAUUCGUUUUGUUACAAUGCCUGUUAAAAUCUCAGGAGUACUAAUGUCGAUAGAGAAGUUAAACUAUAAAACUGUCAGGUUCACAUUUAUAUUGCAAGGCAUAAGAAAAAAAUGUUAGGCUGUUGUUGUGGACUGCUUGAAUACAGCCAGAUUACAAAGGUUUUAAAGAAACUGUUAAACCAUGUUCACAUGUUUUGUUUGUAAAAAGCACCACAAAAAUUGUUCAGGUCUUCUUCAACAUUUAAAAUUCCACCAUGGAUUAUAUAUGGAUUAUAUUACACAGGGAUACAGGCUGUUCCCAGCCAAGAAGUUAACACAGAAAGACUUUCCGAGGUGGAACUUUUAAGUGAUCAGCCUUCAACGUCAGCCCCAACUUCUAUAUCUAUGGUGCAGAUUCCCCCUGCGUCCACACAAAAUUCAAUUAAUAAAAUGUGUGGAUCUAUUAUUGCACACCUGCAAGCUUCUGGUAUCUCUCAAAGCACUGUUCAAACAAUAGUUUGUUCAAUGGAGGAAGUUGUAAAU